AUGGCUCAGCAACAUGUAUCCUUCAAGAUCGAGGAGCUCUUCUCUGUCAAGAACAAAGUCGUCGUUGUCACUGGUGGUGGCUCUGGUCUCGGCAAGGCAAUUGCUGAAGGAUUCGCGGUCAAUGGGGCAAAAGUGUAUAUUUCUGGCCGACGAGGUGAAGUUCUAGAAGCUGCGGCGAAGGAGAUUGGGGGUGAUGUCCAUGUAAUACAGGGAGAUGUGCAGACAAAAGAGGGUUGCGAAAAGAUCGUUGAAGCUGUCAAAUCCCAAGAGACUCAUAUCGACACCCUCAUCAAUUGCGCCGGAGUAAACAGCCCAUGGCGCGUCAAGGCUAAUGACCACAAUGACGCGGACCAAGUGGAAAAUCUCCUUGUCAAUGGAUUGAUAGAAGAGGAUUUUAACAGAAGCAAUCAAAGUGAGUGGAUGCAAUCAUUCGAGACCUACCAGACACUCAUUAUUCCAGUCAACGUAAACGGCGUUUACUUUUUAACCGUCAACUUCAUUUCUCUUCUACGCAAGUCGGCAGACCCCAACGUCUGCGUGAUUUCGUCGAUAGCUGGGUUAUCAAAUCAGAGAUCUGUGGCGUCGCUGACCUAUAGCGUUUCCAAGGCUGCAACCAUUCAGCUUGCCAAACUCCUCGCCGGCCGUCUACAUCCAAUGAAAAUCCGAGUAAAUACAAUUUGCCCUGGCAUCUUCCCCUCCGAAAUGACAGGCGUCACUUCGGGCAAACACGAAUACAACCUCAAUCAUCAAGCCGAGAAAGCAGCACUACGCAGCACCGCUGGUCGUCCAGGUCGGCCCGAAGAAAUUGUUGCGCCGGUUCUGUUGCUGUCGAGUCCCGGCGGCGGAUACAUGAAUUGUGCACUGUUGACCGUGGACGGAGGGAGAUUGAUGGGCGUUUCGAUUAAUGAUGGGAUUCGGAUGCCUGAGAAUACGUACACCGCAGGACAGAGAUACACAACCACCAAGCAAGCAACAAACAACAACAUGGCAACCGCUCUUUCAGCCGACGAUGAUCUCAAGUCAGGCGCCGACCACAUCGAGGUCGAGGAUUAUGGUAAACAAGUGAACGAUAUUAUCGUCAAGCCAGAGAGCCUUCGACAUUUGAGUGCCGAUGAGCUGAAGAGCCUGGAGACCAAAAUGGUCCGAAAGAUAGACAUGGUUAUCAUGCCUAUCAUGGCUGUCUUGUAUAUCCUCAACUAUGUCGACCGAUCUGCCCUUGCUGCCGCCAAAGUCUACGGCAUCAUGGAGGACCUCAACAUGUCCACUCAGGAUUUUGCCACGGCUAUAUCCAUUCUUUUUGCGGGAUACAUCCCUUUCCAGAUUCCGUCCAACUUGAUCAUGACAAAGAUUCCUCGCCCAGGAUUCUAUAUUUGCAGUGCAGCAACCAUCUGGGGUACUGUUAGCGGUUGCACAGCUGCUGUCAAGUCCUAUCAUGGGCUCCUAGCCAUUCGUGUCAUGCUCGGUGUCACCGAAGCCGUCUUCUUCCCCGGAGUUAUCUAUUUGAUGAGUGCAUGGUAUACAAAAAAUGAACUUGGAAAGAGACUUGCCUUCUUGUUUAUUUGUCAAAUGCUUGGAAGCGCGUUUGGGGGGUUUGUUGCUGCUGCCUGUCUUACCCUAGACGGUCGAUAUGGUAUCGCUGGAUGGAGAUGGCUUUUCAUUGUCGAAGGUGUCACCACGGUUGGAUGUGGUCUUAUUUCGGCCAUGUUCAUGCCUGAAUAUCCACACAAGGCCCGCUUGCUCAAACCCGUUGAGCGCGACUAUGCUGUAUGGCGCCUUGAAGUCGAAGCCGGUGCUGGAGAAGCUCAUGAAGAAUCUACCGUUUUUAAUGGAUUCAAACUUGCUAUCUUGGACCCCAAGAUCUGGGCUCUGGUAUGGUGUAUGGGCAUGUCUCAGGCCAUGGGAGGAACUACUAGUUUCUUUCCGUCUAUUGUCGAAACAUUGGGUUACAACCGGAACAUUACUCUUCUUCUCACUGCUCCGCCUUAUGUUCUAGCAUCCAUUGUUUUCUGGUUUAUUUCUUACUUUAGCGACCGCAAAAACAUCAUCUAUCCAAUCAUUACCAGUGCCCUUGCUGUAUCCGUCGUCGCUUAUGUUGUCGCCAUGUCAACAUUAGAGAUGGGCCCUCGGUAUUUUGCCAUGAUGCUAAUGCCUACUGUCUGCGCCGGUCCGCAAAUCCUACUUUACAAGACCCUCAACAUCCACAUGGCGCGACCUUACCCCAAGCGUGCCGCUGGUGUAGCCAUGAUAAAUGCUAUCGGCGGGAUAUCCAACGUCUGGGUGAGCUACUUGUUCUAUGACCCACCGCAUUAUUAUGCUGCUUUUGGAGCCAUACUCGGCUGCGCCAUCUCAUUUUUCAUCGUUAUAACUGGGUAUCUCAUGCAUGUACGAAAAAUGAACAAGUGCCUAUCUGGAACGCCAGAGGACCAGUUACGAGCGAUGAAAGGUGGCGUGACUCAACAGCAAGUCGAUCUUGGAUGGCGGUAUGUAGGUUACUAG